AUCAGCUUUUCAAAAAUUGCAACAUUCCAUAAAAAGAUGUACGCCACCGAACAAUCAUUGUCGGAUUCGGAUGAAUGCGACAAUGCGAUGUGCAGCAAUAUCCAGCGAAACGACUGGGCAAUGUCGGAAGACGAAGAAAUUAUUUCUCUCCCCAAUCGAAAUUCGUUCAUCGUCAACAUUUUCAACAACGUCGUUGGUACGUUCUCUAAGUUGAUCCGUAACACCGCUCACUUUUUUUGGUCAACAAAUGAGCAACAAACGAACGAGCACGAUGGUAGUACAAUGCCAGCGAAGCGACGCCGCUUAAACGAGGAUGCCGAUGAACCCAGUUCUGCCAGUAGCGUUCUUAUUGAUCAGGCUUGCCAGACUGAUGAAUCUUUUGUAAAUACCGCAAGUUUUGAUCUAGACGAACUCCCGGAACAACAGGAUGAGACUGAUGAAGAGCAUCCGCAGGAGACGCAUCAUGCUAACGAGCAGCCGACCAUGACCGAGGAGGAUUUCUACGAUGGCGAAAUUUUCGAUCCAUUUAAGUAUCUAGAACAGCAUGACAGAACACCCGUGGAUCCAGCGCGUCGUGUAACAACCUUCAUGGGAAACCGCUGUUACCGACAGCGGCAAGAACAAAUGCGCCGUGGAAAGAUUGGACAGCUUUUCUUUGCGUCGCAUCAGAAACCAACCAAGAAUCUUGACACUUCGCGCAAUGUCUCAGAUGCUUUCUCCCAGCGUCCAUCGUGCAUUCGGGCUGCGUGCUCUGGCUUGUACAAUAAGCCAAUUCCAUCACAGCAUGAAGGGUCAAUAUUUUACCCCGGAUUUACACAGUACGGUGGUGCGUCUUCCGCAAGCACAUUGCCGCGUUACCCAUUUGGGCUAAACCGAAGUUCAUUGAGCAGUCGGGCCGAAUCCACCCGUGGCAAAAAGCGAGGAUUGGAUGAAGAUGAUGAAGCAAAUCCGCCAAGCCAGCCAUACCUAGUUCGGCGUACAAAAGAAUUGAUGAUCGAAUUCGAAAAGCAAAAAGCUGCCAACAAAUUACCGCAAAUGAGCAACCAAGAAAUCAGUGACGAAUUGAUGGCAAUAUGCAAACGUCACAACCUGUCAUUGAGUCAUGAUAUGAUACAAGAACCCAUGGCGUUUGCGCGAGACGAGGAAAAGACUUACCCACCUGUUUCACCUUUAAUCAAUUUUAUGCCAUAGCAAACCUAUUGUCAGACCCAUACGACCGAAAGACAAAAGCUGAUACAGAUGUAAUCUAAUCUACAGCUACAAAGUUCUUUCUACGGAUCGCUUAGAAAGCAACAAUCUCAACACCAGAACCAAAUAUGCCAUUAAAGUUUGGCAACAGCACCUUGUUCGUUCUAAAAGAAAGCUCUCUAGUUCCAGCGGUAUACAAGCGGUGCGAAUACAAUUACGAGCAAAUCCAACCAUACGCUCAGCGACAAUCCAACCAAUUUCAAUUUGACAGAGUUUCGCUACUAAAACCAAGCAUUUUUUUUGCAGACAAUUUGGCAGAUCAACAAAUUGAACCAGGCAGCCAUGCGAAUAAUGAUCCUGGGAGUUAUAAGGUGGCUUCCUCGACCGACAUAGAGCAGGUGAUGAGUUUUUCCUCAUCAUUAUUAUUUAAUGAAACACUCUUUUACAAGAACAUUCCCUACCUUCCGACUUCUUUGAUCUUUCCGCCACCCUUAUCUUUGCUCUUCUUUCUUGGGUUUUUUUCUCAUUUUCUUUACGCUUUGAGGAAACUUUACCCAAAACCAACGAUCCGAUAUGUGCCUUACGUUCUGCUCACGAACAGUAUUAAAUACACCGGCAAGUAGCGAAGAAAAUCCCGCUCGAUGUAUAUAAUGUUAAGGAGUAUAGGGUUAUAUUUAUCAGAAAGAAAGCGGAGUAUAAAGUCGGUAAGGUAGAAAAAGAGAAUGGAACGAAUCCGGUGCCAUACAGAAACGCUUAUUAGUUGUAUUCAUAAUUCUUGUAACUUAUAACUUAUAACAGUUUUGAAUGAUUAUCUACGUGACAGAUGAACUUAAUUUAACACACUAUUAUUUCAACUCAAAUGUUUUCUGACUGAAUGAAGGUAGGAGUUGAAGGAGUUUUUGCAUGAUUUGUUUUUCCUAUAUUAUUUGUCCAAAUAGUACGUACGCCGUACGUAUGAGUUGAAGAUUUGUAAUAUGUUAGAAUGGAGGUGGUAGGAGCUGAAGGAGUUGUUGCAAGGAUUUAUUCCUAAAUUAUUUGUCCGAAUAGGACGUACGACGUACGUAGGAGUUGAAGAUUUAUAAUAUGUUAUUCAACAUGCCCAUGAUUAUUGAGCAUACUAUUAUUAUAAUUGUAUCGACAAAUAAGUUGUCAAAAUAAAUAUAAAACGCAAA